GGUGCAAAUUCGCGUCUCGUCUCCAUCGCCCAUUCUGCUAUUUUGUUUCCUUUUUUGCUGCGGACAUUAAAGCUCAUUCUUUGCGGCUAUGUUGAAGAUUCAGAGAAUUGCAGCUCGGCAAAGCCUCCAGACAGUCAGGAUGGCCAGCAGCCUGGCUGACUAUGCCCAGUACAAGACACUGAAUGUCACACAACCUGUGGAGUAUGUGGUUCAUGUGGAGAUGAACCGGCCUGACAAGCUGAAUGCUCUCAACACUGAAAUGUGGAAGGACCUGGGCGUGUGCUUCCAGCAGCUGCACGAGGACGCCGAGUGCCGGUCCGUGGUGCUGAGCGGCGCCGGCCGCCUCUUCAGCUCCGGGAUUGACCUCAGCGACCUGAUGGCCGUUGGCAGCGUGGCUAUGGGCGACGGUGACGUGUCUAGGAAGGCUUUCAAGCUGCACCGCACCAUCAAAAACUACCAGGACUGGUUCACUGAUAUUGAAAAGUGCCGUAAGCCGGUGAUCGCCGCCGUGCACGGCGCGUGCGUGGGCGGCGGCGUCGACAUGGUGACGGCGGCCGACGUCCGCCUCUGCUCCCAGGAUGCGUUCUUCCAGGUCAAGGAGGUGGACAUCGGGCUGGCGGCGGACGAGGGCACGCUGCAGCGGCUGCCGAAGGUGAUUGGCAGCCGGAGUCUGGUGAACGAGCUGUGCCUGACGGCGCGCCGGCUCGGCUCGCAGAAGGCGCUCCAGUGCGGCCUCGUCAGCCGCGUGCUUAGCGACAGACAGGUUCUACUGGCGGCGGCGAUCAGCCUGGCAGCCACCAUCGCGCAGAAGUCGCCGGUGGCGGUGCAGUCGACCAAGCAGAACCUGAUCUUCUCGCGCGACCACACGGUGCAGGACGGCCUCGACCACAUGGUGGCCUGGAACGCGGCCAUGCUGCAGUCGGAGGACAUCAUGAAGGCGGCCACCGCCUCCAUGGACCGCAAGGCGCCCCCGGCCGAUUUCGCUAAGCUGUAGCGACGCGGCGUCAUCGCGUUGGUGGCGUGGAAUGUUGGCCUAACGGCAUGGCGUACAACUCAAAUCCCCUCACACGUAAUUUUGCUGCGCUUAGCGUAGUUGUUUUCCAUGAGGCCGGCCUGUCCCACGUGGCUCCGUGUGAGAUAGCAGGGUGUGAGUGCGGUCGGCUGAAUGGACGCGACCGUCCCGCUCGGGUCUCUGCUGAGGCGAGAGCCGCCGUCGGUCGCCGGGGGGUGACUGACGCGGCCUCGGCGGCUCGCUCGCUCGCGCAUGCCCGCGCGCCGGUCGUGGUCGAGCUCCGAGGAGGCGGACCGAACCUCGGCGUGGGUUGGGGCCGGACCGCAGCGUUUGGGGACGCUUGGGGACGCUUGGGAGUGUGGUUGGAAAACGAUAGGUAACGCCAGGUACUGAGUGGUUAUCUAUCUGUGUUACCGGAAUGUGAUGCUCGUUGCCGCUGUUGUGUGUGCGGGUGACGGAGGGAGAUGAUAGCCAUAUCUGAUGCCGUGCACUACCGUUGCCGUAACACAAUGUUUUCACGGGAAUCUUCCUGAUACGGGAAUUCAGGUCUGUGAUUGUGGUCCGAUUCCGCCACUAUUGGGAUUCAGAUUAGCACUCAGUCGUGCAACCACCGAUUCCAUUGCGGAAAACGCAUAUGUAUUGGGCCGUUGCCACAUGUUUGCGUGAUCAUAACAAACUUGGCGUCCGCUGCGGACGUACAGCGUCUAAGAUAGCCAGCAGUAAUGCUUGUAUGGUUCGCUGACUCGGGAAAUACAGAUCAGAGACUCAGGA